AUGAUUGUAACAAUAACUCAUCUAGUAAAUUUUAUGUUUAUAGUAAAUUUACACUAUAUAUUGGUCAACACUAUUGAGAUAACAUUUAUACACUUUUUGUCGAUACUAUCGGUGCUGAAGAAUCAUAAACCGGAUGUCGUUUACAUUCACUGCAAUUGCCGACAAUUGACGGGUCAGUAUUGGCAACGAGUAUUGCGGGUGUCGGACAUUACAAAAAUACCGAUUCAAUUAAAAGAAAGAGAAAUACCGAAAACAAUUUUCGGACAAUCGUUUAAUCCGGAGUACUAUAACUGGCACGCGGGAGAUGUGACCAGAGUUCGGGUACUUAUCGAAUACGGCGGCAUAUAUUUGGACAGAGAUGUCUAUGUUGUCAACAAUUUGGACACUUAUCGUAACAAUGAAAUGACAUUGGAUUUUGAAAAUCCAAUCGAUUUUAUGGGCUCUCAGACACUGAUUGCUCGGAAAAAUGCAACUUUUAUGAGACUAUGGCUGGACUCGUAUCGUAACUAUCGCCGGAACUGUUGGACCUGUAAUUCAGCAACAAUUCCGACCCAAUUGAUUGUCAAACGACCCGAUUUAGUCAAUCGGACAGUUCAGGGAGCGUUCGGAUGUAAUGUUUAUGUUGUCUGUCCACUAGUUUUUCGUAGAUAUGACAGCAAUUGGCGUCAAAAGUUUCAAACGGUUCAUCUGUGGAUCAGAGGUAACUCAUACACCAAUGGUUUAGUUUGUUUGCGCAAAAAAUCUCAAUUCAAUCACUUUAUUGAUGAGAAAUAUAUUUAUGCAAUGAAACAGACUUUCGGUGAAAUGGGCAGAGAUUUACUUGACUUUGAGAAACAAAUUAUAAAAUAUUAA